AUGGUACUCAUACCAUGUGAUAAUAAGGUCCAAAUCCCAGACUAUGCUGAGACCGAAAGUCCACCCGCAUACACGCCAUACGACACCCCAACCCAGUCCAUCGCCUCCAGCUACCCACAAGAUUUUUCUUCUCUUCCCUCCCCCUCCUUCUCUACCGCCUCCACAUCCACAUACACCCCACCAGUCACAGCCACACCAAACAUUCCGAUUUCCAACGCCGUUUCAUCUUCCCGCUCUGUUUCCCUUUCCGGACCCCUCAAAAUCCUCGAUUCAGUCUCUGGUUCUUCAUCCAUCACGUUAUAUCACCACGUCACUGUAACCGGUCCCAUUAGAGGCAGCGCAAAGAUAAAUCUAUCAGAUAGUGUUACUGUAUCCGGCGAUGUGAAAGCGAGUGCAUCUGUGACAUUAGAUGGUGGAGAGGGAAAAGGGGGAGUAGUGAUUAUGGGGACUGUGAAAAGUAGUGCGAGUGUAGAGAUGAGAGGGAAUGUGUAUGUACAGGGAGAUGUGAAGAGUAGUUCCAAGGUAUUGCUGGAGGGAGUGGGAGGAUUGGUCAGAGUUGGAGGAAGGAUAGAUGCGAGUGGGCCCGUUACUAUCAGGGGAGCGGUGGAGGUGGGAAAUGUGGAGAGUAGUGGGAAGAUUGUUGUUGAGUCGUUGGAGAAGCAGAGGAUUGUCUUGGGGAAAUUGGAAUCGAGAGGUGAAAUGGAGAUUGGAGGGGAUGUGGAAGUUCGUAGUGAUUUCAAGGCAAAUGGUAGUGUGAAGAUCAAUGGAAAGCUGCAUGUUCAUGGAGAUUUUACAGUCCAUGGCAAUGUUAAAGUUCAGACUGGUUCGGAACUAACUGUAAACGGGAGAAGAACUAUACAUGGGAAAUUGGAGAAUGCUUGA